AUGUCCGCCGCCGCAGAUUCCGGUCCAGACCCACCGCAGCAGCCAGGAACGAGCGUUGCGGAUUUGUUACAACCGACCGCGAACCCCGAACUUACCAUGCCUGUUACGCUGUCCAAGAAGCAACCUACUAGUAGCCCGUCGAAUAACAAUAAUCUCGGUGGCUUUGGGCCCCCGCAAGGCGUUAACCUGGCAUUCUACUUCCACCACACUAAUCCUAAGUUCAAGGAAUACUAUCCGUGUGACGGGAAAGCUUACUGGGAGGACGAGACUGGGAAAAUUGUCUCACGCGCCUCUUCGCCGUCUCUGGCGUGUGGUGAUGACCUCUCUACGUGCGAUGGAAACUUCACUAGCAUCCCUCGUCCCCGCGAUGUAUUGAAGGUGCCUAAGAUGCUUAACACGGGCAUUGUCCAGCAUGAGAACGACAUAAUUACUAUCCCGGAAGAUCUACCUUACCAAGAUAAUACCAACAAACUUUCACCACUCGAUACCGAAAACAGUGAGGAAUUUCGCUACUACGUAAAAGACCAGGUACCUGCCAUCGUCAAGAAAGAGCCUGAGGAGCCCGAUUUCAUCAUUAAGGGUAAGCUGGAAUCGGGCAGCUCCACAAGCAUUCAGCACUUCCGCACCUUUAGCCGGGACUUUUCCCCUCAAGUAAACGACAUAACCAAUGUCAAUACCUCUCAGUCCGGCCCGUACUCCGAAAACAUUAAUAACCCCCCCGCCUUGUCUGAGCGCAUGCGUCUUCCUAGCCCGCUAUCGACGAUUUCGCCGCUAAUCAAGCGAACUCGCACGGAUAAGGGUGACCAUAAGGACGAGCGACCGCACGAGAUCGCCAAGGCCGAGGAGUGA